AUGAGAUUAUUUGAUGUCUUGUCAUCUUAUAAAGAUGACAUUGAUAAUGAUAAGCUCUAUUACAGGCUUUGGAGGGUUUUGGGUUCAGACUUGGGUGCUCAACAGGAAUUAAUGGAAAGUGAUUUCGUCAUUACUCAUUUUCACGAGAUGAGUAGAUGCAUAGAAGAUGGAAAGCCUGAGGAACGGCUAGUUUGGUUUAGUAUCCUGUGCUAUAGAUUGGACUUAUUAGCCAAUGCCGAUUUAGAGAAAUCACACUUGCUAUACAAGAUACGUGAGACCCUGGAUGCAAGCGGUAAUGAAUCGGCAGCAGUCAGCGUGUGCCUACACCUAAUGAAUUCUUUUCUCAUUCAUUUCAGUUCAGGCUUCCAUACUGAGUUCUUGACAACUGAAAUAAGCUACCUUGCCAAUAGUACUAAGGAUCCGAAGGUUGCUGGGCUGUUGCAAGAUUUUCUUUUCAUAUUUUUAACACAUCCUAGCUGUGAGCAAACGCAGGCUAACGACUUCUUUCAAAGGGUUCACGACGCUGGAAUAUUUUUAUGGCUUGAGCAAAAUUCAACAAAUCUGCUCAAAGUUAAGUUUAUCGAAGCACUCUUUGAAGACUCUUUUACUGACAAGUAUUAUAAACGUAUUCAUGCAUAUCAACUUUUCAGUCAACAAAAAGGUAUUCAACCCGAAGUUGAUUUCUGCUGUGAAGACGAAGUCUCACGAACUCUCGAUCCUUCCUUAAUCAAAGGUUUACAGAAAGAACUAUAUGACGCACUUAAUAUUCGAUUGGCAGUUGAAGUUGAAGAGGAAGAUUGCAAAGUUUUACGCUAUUUUUUGCGUAAAACUGUCGGUGUUAAUGAGUUCUUCAAGUCUUUCAAUCUUCUGCAAGUAGAUGAAAACAUUUUUUGCAUAACUCCUAGUAGGAGCGUCUACAUCCAUGCUUGCAAAACCUUAAUUGAUGAACUAUUCAGGUUGCAGCAUUCAAUUGGGGGGUUUCUUGGAUCUGUUUUUUCGAGAAUUCAGUCGUCAGAUACAGAAUGGGAAAUUAAAAGCAAAUAUGCGAAAUCAAAUUUUAAAACACAAGUUGGAGAAGAAUUUCAGGAAGCUCGGAUACUUUAUGGAAUCUCUCAACCUAGAGAUGAUUCAAUUUUUCAUGGCUGGAGCCGUCCAGAUGGCAGACACCUUCUUUUGACGAACAAUAAUCGUGAAAAUAGAUUGAUACGAGUGACAAGAGCUUUUAAGGAAGAUGGGGUGAAUUUAAGUUUGUAUUUCGAGAAACAGAAAGACGAAGAUCUUUCGAAAUACAAUUUGCUCAUUAUUUUUAAUGACGACAUUGAUACUAAAAUAAAGUGCCUGAAUCAUCUACAAAUCUGGAUGGCACAAAAGGAAAAGCAAUGGAAAGCAGCAACCUUCCAAGAGCUCUCGGUUUUUAAUGAAGCAAGCAACAAUAUACUCCUUGUCAAUGUUUUUAACUGCAUAUCACAGCUCGAAAGGUUGCGAAAUCCUGAAGGUGAGGAAGUAAUUGCGCAUCACAAGAAGAGGAAACUAAAAACACUUGAUAAGGCAACGCUCUUAAAUUUGAAGGAAAAUACCUGGAAAAUAUGUCCUCUUAUAAAAAGUAAGCCAAGCGUUAAUUUCACAUCUGAGCAAAUAAGCAGUAUUUUGAGUGGCGUUACAAAAAACUGCGUCAGUGUAAAUGGGAUCUGUGGUAGUGGAAAAAGUACUGUCAUCUCUUGUAUUUUAGACAAUAUCUAUCUCAACAGUCUGCACUCUGAGGCUCCCAAUUCUCGAACUUUGGUUGUUUGCGAUACCGAGGAAGCAUGUUCGAAGCUUUUGAAUAAACUUAAAAUUAUUCCACCCGAUCUCACUCUUAACCUGAACGACAAGAUUUCUGUAUUACUUUCUUCAAAGAGGAAGCAAUUGGAAUUAUCCUUACAACGCAUCAAGGGCUUUGCAGAAGCAUUAAAAAUGGCUGGAGGCUUGUUUUCAGAUGUCAAUGCUGCCCUAUCUCGCAAAGCGGUCAUCUUUUCAUUGCUCGAAGAGCUUGCAACAAACUCUGAUUCACUCGAAAAGAUCGACUUCUCAGCAUUUGGACAGGAGUUCAAUGGUCAAGAGCCACAAGCUAAGCUCGCGAAGUUAUUCACAGUUGUCACGGAAACAUUCGAAAACCUUCAGCAGCUGCAAAUUUUAUCUAUUAGCAGCAAGAAGGAAUCUUUGAUAGAAUCAUGCGACCUUCUAGUUUUGAGUAAAUUGGAACUUAUAUCGCGAAUUGCUAGUGGCUACAGAUUCAAGUUUUUUGAUAAUUUGGUUAUUUGCAAUGUCGAAUACUUUCAACCCCUUGAAGCAUUCUUUUCUAUAACCCAAUCUGCGAAAUGGCAAAGAAUCAUCCUCUCGGGCGAUCUUUCCACUUCACAAGCUCCUUAUGUUAUUCGUGAAAUUAUAGGUGAGCAAUCUUUUGGGCCACCGUUGCUCAGAAAUUUUGACGCUAAUCCAGAGAUAUUAAGAAUACGGUUUGCAGAUCAAAACUCCCAAUUUAACGUCCUACCAGGAUUCAGUACUGCAGUACAGAUUAUAAAAUCACCAGGCAACGUUGGUGAAAUGGUUAAUGACGAAGAGGCAGAGUAUUGUGUCCUUUUAUUUGCUUACUUACGGUUAAUCGGAUACCCACCGAAAUCGAUAUCGAUUUUGACAAUGUCUCCAUAUCAAUCUCAUGUUAUCGAUUCUGAGUUAGACUACUGGCUUGGUGAUGGCAGCGUGAAAAUUAAUCAGUCUAUCCAGUUUGGAAGGCCAAAGUGCAUCACAACUAUGGAAAAGAAUUGUUCAAAUAGAAACGAUAUUGUGAUCAUAUCGACAUCAGGUUCCCAACCCAACAUGGCGUAUUUUUCUCGAUUUUCGAAGCAAGGCCUUUUUGUUUUCAGCGAAUCAGGCGAGAAAUUGAAGUUAGCUUCUAACGAGAGCUAUAAUUCAAUGGUUCCGAAAGCUAGGCAGUUCAGAGAAAUAAUAGAUUUGGACAACAUGGAGAAUUAUGUCAGGACAAUGGCAAAAAGUACCUAG